AUGGAAGCUUCAGCCUGUAUUUUCCGUUCUUCCAGUCGCCACCUUUCCCAUUCCCUUCUUAAAAAUCCUUCUCUAGAAUUCCCUUUUACUAAAACUAUUCAAUACCCUCGUUCUCGAUUACCAUUACCAUGUGUUUCUUCUUUUCGCCAUACUCAAUUCCAUUCACACUGUCACUCUGGCUUCAAAUUCCCUACAUCACAAACCCAUUUCCUAAAUCGCCUUUUUUUCAGCUCUCUGUCGACAUUCCAAACACCCCAUCUCUCAAUUUCCCAAGAUCAUUUUUCCAGUAUUUUUUCCGGUACGAAUGGAAAAUCAUCUGAGUGGAAUUUCGCUUUAGAACGAGGCACUAAGGGUGACAAAACUGAGAUUGUUGAAGAUAAGGGUCCGGAGGUGACGGUUGUGUUAUUGGGAUGGCUCGGGGCAAAGCGCAAGCACUUGAGGAGGUACGUGGAGUUGUACAAUGAGAUGGGGAUUCAUGCUGUUACAUUUGUGGCUUCGGUGACAGAUGUGCUGUCGUUUGAUUUAGGGAGGAGAUUAGAGGAGAGGAUUGCAGGGCUGACGUAUGAGCUUUCGUCUUGGUUGUCUGAAUCGGAAAAUGAUGGCCGGGAACGGUUCUUGAUCUUCCACACCUUUAGCAAUACGGGUUGGCUAGCGUUUGGUGCGGUGCUUGAUAAUUUGAAAGAUAGGCAAGAUUUAUUGGGGAAGAUUAAAGGAUGCAUUGUCGAUUCUGGAGGAGACCCGAAUAUAGAUCCUAAGGUAUGGGCAGCUGGAUUUACUACAGCCCUGUUGAAGAAAAGCAGCUCCGCUACAUAUCCUUCGGGUGAUACAGAGGAGAGAACUGAAUUAGGAAGUGGAAUCAACGGAUCAAAGAUACUACAAAAGGAACCUUUGUUGAUUGAAACCUUACUUUUAUCUGCAUUUGAGAGGAUUUUCUCGUUCCUUCUUGACUUGCCCGAUGUAAACAAGAGGUUGAUGAAGAUUGUUUCUGCCCUUUCAAAGAAUCAGCCUCCCUGUCCUCAACUUUAUCUGUAUAGUACAGCAGACAAAGUCAUUCCAUUUCAAGCAGUAGAAUCAUUUAUAGAAGUCCAAAGGAAGAUUGGGAAACCAGUAAGCUCUUUUAACUUCGGCUCGUCUCCUCAUGUUGACCAUUACCGGACUUUCCCCAACAUUUAUACAUCACAGCUGCACAAGUUUUUGAAGGACUGUUUAUUCGUGGUUAGAUAA